UGAAACGCUGUCGUUUUGUAAGUGAUACAGUCAUACAGAGGAGAGACGACGAUUCAAAGUUCACACCUUGGAGAGUCUUACGACCCGAGAGAGAGAGAGAGAGAGAGAUGAUAGCAAUUCGCGUCUUCUCGCGAAAAAUCCCAGCUUUCGCAUCGAUCUUCUUUCAAAACCUAACUAGAAACCCAUCAAUUCAUCGGAUUUCAUUCUCGAAUCUAAAACCCAAGACGCUACUUCACCCGAUUCCGCCGAAACCUUUCACUGUCUUUGUUUCUCGGUUCCAUGACGGGAGACCAAGAGGUCCUCUCUGGAGAGGGAAGAAACUGAUCGGGAAAGAAGCCCUUUUCGUGAUUCUGGGUCUCAAGAGAUUGAAAGAAGACGACGAGAAGCUUGAGAAGUUUAUAAAAACCCAUGUUUUCAGAUUGCUGAAAUUAGAUAUGUUAGCUGUUAUCGGCGAGCUUGAACGACAAGAAGAGACUGCGUUAGCUAUCAAGAUGUUUGAGGUGAUCCAGAAGCAGGAAUGGUACCAACCUGAUGUGUUUAUGUACAAGGACCUUAUUGUAUCCUUAGCAAAGAGUAAAAGAAUGGAUGAAGCAAUGGCGUUGUGGGAGAAGAUGAAGAAAGAGAACCUCUUUCCAGAUUCUCAGACUUAUACUGAGGUUAUCAGAGGAUUUCUGAGAGAUGGAUGUCCCGCUGAUGCCAUGAAUGUGUAUGAAGACAUGUUGAAGUCUCCAGAUCCUCCGGAAGAGUUGCCGUUUAGGGUUCUGUUGAAAGGACUUCUGCCGCAUCCGCUUCUUAGAAACAAAGUGAAGAAAGAUUUCGAAGAGUUGUUCCCUGAGAAACAUGCUUAUGAUCCACCAGAAGAGAUAUUUGGUAGAUGCUGAGGCUCUGAACAAUAGCAACAUGGGAAGUCUAUCUUGAUCAAGAUCCAGUAUGUGUGAUGUUGAACAAGUAUCAGUAGAUCUGAGCAAGUGGCGUAACAAACUGUUACAUCACAAGACAAAAGACUUAGUUAAAUGAACCCAGGUUAUGUAGCGACUUCUAGUCCUUAUUAUGAUGCUUUAUAAUAUUAGGCAAAGACCAAACUUUUGUGAAUCCAUCAUCUUUCUUUAUGUAGCGACUUCUAUUCCUUGUUCUGAUGCUUCAUAAUAUUAGUCCAUGACCAAACUUUGUGAAUCCAUCAUCUUUAUAGUAAAGAUUCUAAGUUGACAACA